AGCCCUCCGCGGGCGCGCGAGCGCACGGGCCCGCGCCCGACCCCCGCGCACGCGCCGCGAGCGCCCCCUCGGCACGGGGCGCCCCUGGGUGUCGUCCCCGUGCGCGGGGAGCGCUGCCCCCCCUCCCCCCCCCUGGGGCCCGGCGCGCCCUCGCGCGGAUGGUCGCCGACGGGCCGGACGAGGAGCUGCAGGCGCUGCUCUCCGCCCGGAGGCAGCGGGUGGACGAGCAGGGCGAGGAGUACUCGAGCGGCGCCGGCGGGGAGCAGCGGGGCGCGGACGCGAAGUGGAGCGAGCUGGACCCCGCCCAGUUCACGCCGAAGUCUGCUUACCAUCGCGCCCACGAGGCCCUCUCGGCCAUCUCGGAGGCCGCCGGCGCGGGGGAGGCCUCCGGAGCGUCGGGCGCGGGCACGCCGCAGGCCAAGGCGGAGGCGGAGGCGGAGGCGGAAGCCGUUGCCGCGGCCUCCCCGCGGCCCGCGCUGUCCCCGCGGCCCACGCCGAGGCGCACGCCGCGGCAGCGGCCCUCGCAGCGCAGGGCCGCCGGCGCCGAGGGGCCGCCGGAGCCGUCGCCCCGCAGGCCGCCGCUCCAGUCGCCGAGGGACGUGGCGCCCAUGUCCGCCCGGCUCGCGCGCAGCGGCUUCGACGUCACACCGUUGUGCUCGCCGCGGCUAGAUGACCAGGCAAGCCCUGUCGGGCGCCAUCUUCAGUCGCCGCUAGAUGACCAGGCCGCGCCGGUGCCGCCCGCCUCCGCGGCUAGUAGCGCGGGGCCGAGCGGCUCCGCGGUCGAGGCGCGCGGCGCGGCCAACUUCUACGCCGUCUUCGACGCGGGUGAGCCCGAUGGCGCGGGGAAGGCUACGCCCGCGUCUCCGUCGGUGUCAGUCGGCCACGCCGACGCCGCACUGCCGGCCGAUGUCAUGGAGCUGGACAUGACGUUGCCAAUCAAGUUGUCAGAGCUGGACAUGACGCUGCCCAUCAAGGCCUGGACAGACGGCGCCGGCGAGGGGCCCGCGCUGGACGCGGCCCCGCUGGCCGAGGUGCGGCGCAGUCAGGCCGCGCCCGCGGCGGCCCGCAGCGACGGCGACGCCGCGGUGUGGCGCGCGGUCGUCAAGGGCAGGCUGCCGAAGGUGCAGGAGCUGGCUGCUCGGGGGCAGCUGACCAGCGGCCGGAUGCAGGACCACAAUGGCCACAGCGUCUUCUGGAACGCCGUGGCCUUCCAGCAGCCCGAGGUGGCGCUGUGGCUGCUCCGGCGCUUCCCUCCAGGGCCCGAACCCGGCGUCGACCUCGCCGAGGAGCACGCCAGGAGGGGGGACACGCUGCUGCACCUUUGCCUGUAUCUCACGGAGUUCCGGGGCCCCGCUGCGGAGGUGUUCUCCGCCAUCUUCGCGUCGCCGGAGGUGCGGCGGGAGCGCGCGAACGAGGGCGGACAGACCUUCCUGCACGUCGCGGCCGCGCGCCUGAACUUUUGGGUGCUGCGGCUCGUCCUCUCCAGGGCGCCGGAGCUGGUGGGCCUCUUCUGCGCGAGGGACAAGCACGGCCUGAGCCCGACGGACGCGCUCAUGCGCCGGGUGGGCGAGGUGUCCGGCGCGGUGCCGGACAGGCCCUCGGUGCGGGCGCUGGGCCCAGAGGCGGGCGCCGCGCAGAGGGGAGGGCGCGCGGACGCUCUGAAAAGUGCUCCAGAGCACGUGGGCGCUCUGGAGCCCGAGCGCCUGAACUCUCUGCGCAGGACCUGGACGCUCUGCGCAGGCCCCAGCGAUGCCUCUGAGCCCGAGGACCUGGACGCUCUGCGCAGGCGCCCGGGGAGGGUCGCCAUCGCGGCUGCCGACGUCGUCGUCGUCGCCGCCGCCGCCGCGGAGGUCGACGUGACCACGUCCCCGGGGCUGGCUGCAGAUGUGACGAACGCGCUCGCAGAACAGCAGCUGCACAACUGAUGGAGCGCAAAUGAAGCGGCUGAGACAGACGAACGCACUCGAACAGCAGCAGCAGCUGUACAACUGAUGGAGCGCACACCUAUCGCGGUGGGGCUAGGGUUAGAACAGUGAGGCGAUCUGCCGAGGCGAGGCCUUCGGAGCCACCGAGGCGAGGCCUUCGGACACAGCUAUC